GUACAUCGGCAACAACAACAAUAACUCGGAUAUGGCCCAGGUGAAACACGUCAUAGAGCACCAAUUUAGACAAGCACCACAACAGAGUUACCUCCCACCUAUCCAGGCGCCAGCACCCAUCGCAGCAGUACAGCCAAUAACAUAUCUCCCUCAGCCCGUGGCUCACACUGAGCUAGUUCCUAUCCAGGCCGUUCAGCAAACUUUAGCGUACCCUACACUCACGGUCAAGUCAAUGGACAACCCGAGAAAAGAUACCAUGUUUAACAAAGCAGACUUUAUGGAUAUGAUGAUGCUACAGAACGCCCAGAUGCAUCACAUGGUCAUGCAGCAGAUGAUGCUGCACCAACUCCCAGGGGCGAGACCCGCCACUAUACCUUUUGCUGAGCCCGCCGCCCCUGUAGCACUGAUGAGGCCAGCACCAUCAGUGUACCACCACCACAUCAACAGCCAACCAAACUUCUCCAUGCCUCCAAUGGACUAUCGGGGUAUGGGUGGUAAUGGAGGAGGCUACGGCCGCAACUUCAAUAGCACAAUUUAUGAUGAUGGCUCCAAUUAUUAUCACUACCACUGAGAAGAAGCAAGGAUUCUAUUGGCUGGUUAAUGUGGGACAACUUGUUUGUGAUUGGCUGGCAGAGUCACGUGAUGAUGUGCUGAUAUAAUGUGUUGUUUUGAUGCAUGAACUAAUGUAUUUUGAAGUCGUUUUCUUUACUGUAAUGCUUCCGAUAAAUGGUGUUUAUUAAUGUUUUCGAUGUAAUGUAAACUAUAAUUUAUUUUAAAAUUUGUUUUCACACUUAAAAAAUAGUACAUAGGCUUCGUAAUAACUAAAAAGAAAUCAUUUAAAUUUGCUAAUUAAAACCAAAAAUAGAAAAAAAACUUUAUAGGGACCUGCUUAAAAAAUUUGAAUAUAUUUGAAAAUAACUACUCAGCAAAUUCCCUAAUUCAAAACAAAAAUUCCUUAAAUCUCAAAAGAGACUAAUAUAUUAAAUGUUUUUUCCAUUAAAAUAUGAAUUUCUUUUACUAAAACCAGUAUAUGUAAAAUAAUAGUAUCUACUCAAAUAUAUCAAUAAAUAUUGAAAUGAAAUCUGAUACAAAGGUAGUGUCGUUUCACCAAGUGCCUGUUUCUUCCAAUAUGGUGUAUAAAAUUUGUGAUACAAGUCUGUGAUAUUUUUCAAUUUAUGUUUUAAAGUAAAUCUUGGAAUGGGCUGUUUUAUACUGCAUUGAUUUUUAUAUACCUUUUUAGUCAUUCAAUAGGGUAACAAUUUUUAUAAUCCUUACAGAAACAAUAGAUUUAUUUUACAAUGUAUUUGCUUUUACAAAAUAAAAUCCCAUAAGUAAAACAGUUACUUCAAUAGUGUAACACAUCAAUAAAAGCAAAACUUAUUAUUUUUUAGUUGGCUUUACAAAAGAAAUUAUAUUAAAUUAAAAGUUCACUUUAAAAUUUAAUUAAAAUAUAAAUACAAUUACAGUGUCUCAUAAUGUCUAAAAAAAAUAAGAUUUAACUACAAAAAUGUUUUACACAGUGUAAUGUAUUUUGAUUUUUAUGUAAGUGGAGUUUUAUAAGAUGUGUUUUAUAAGAGGAUUAAACCAACUUUAAACUUUUUGAAGUAAAACAGAUAUUGAGUCAAACGUAGUGACUGUACAAACUGUCUCAAGAAUUUUCUAGAAGGUUGUGUUUGCCUUUUACACCAUGUUCACACUUGCGACAUGUAUACUAUACAUGUCUAGGAAAAAUAACUGGCAGCAAGUAAGUAUACAUGCUCCAUGGAACAAAAUGUUCAUAUGUAACAUUAACUUGUUACGUGUUUUGUUUUUCUAGAUAUGUAUGGUAUACAUGUCGCAUGGGUAAACUGAGAGAUGUUUCUUUCUGUAUAUAAAAUAUACUAAUUUUUGUAUGUGAAUUUCUCUUUGUUUAAUAAUUCAUUUCAUUCACAAACUUACAUAAAGCUCUAAAAAUAACCAUUCAUGAAUCUAUAAUCAAUAAUACAUCAUUUUUAAAACUAAUUAUAGCCUCAUUUUAAAACAAAAUAGCAUACACGUGGUCAAUUUUAGAACUUUAAAUUUAAAAAAUAUCGUAAGCCUAAAGAUUAUGUUAGUGGGAAUUUUAUAAGUUGCUUUUAAUAAAAACGUACUAAAGAAAAUCUAAAAUUUACUAAACUUUCAACUUUAAAAAAAAAUGCUACAUGUAAAUCUGGUCAAUAUUAUUAAUCAGAAACUUAUAUUUAAAGAAUUAGGAUGGUAAGGCGUUAAGAUUAAAACACUGAAAAUUUUACACCUUACAUUUUAAAUACUUUAAUGUGUAUGCAUAUCAACUUUUGAAAUAAAAUAAAAAAAACCCAUACAUAGAUUUCAACAACAUUUAAAUUUUAUUUUUAAAUUUAAACUGCCAGUAUCCUGUGUUAUGGUUCUUUAUAAAAGAACUUUUAUAAAUUAAUAAAAUACAGUCAUUUAACAUGCAUUACCCAUAUACUUUUUCAAAUAUAAUUUUUUGUAUGUCUAAUGAGGUACUCUAUAGCAAAUUUCUAUACUUUCGUAGAUUGUAGAUAUUUCCCAUAAAAAAAAUAUUUUCUUAGGCUAACACACCGACAUUUGGCUGUCCAUUAGUUAUAUCUUUCUCCAUCAAAAGUUCCUUUUGUUUAAAAAGUCAUUCUCUAACUCUAAACGUAUUGAAAUAAAAUAUCCUAUUUUUGUUGGUUUUUUUUUUUAAAUACAAUAAACGUCCAAGUUUUUUUAAUUCUUCUACAAUGAACUGUAAAUUUUGAAGUAAUUUCAUAUAUAUUUAUUUCUAAUUCAAAAUGUGUACAUUCCUAAGUAAUUUGACUUUCAAUUUAAAACAGAGGUGUCUAAAUUAAAGAAAUAAAUGUUUCAAUAAAAAUG